GCCGCGUUCCCCGCCAAUGGGUAGGCUUAUGCAACACAGUCUCUCACUGGAUCAGUGGUACAAUGCAUGCUACAAGCACGUGCAUUGCUCUACUUGUUGUCUGCUUUCUGGUGGAUGCUGGUAAUGUGACCGACGUGCCCUGCUGGGAGCUGUACAAGAGAGGUGUAGAUGCAUACCUCUCCGAUGACUACGGAGGAUGUGUUAGCAAUUUGGAGAGUGCCAUCGAGAGUUAUCGUAAACACGCUAAAACUAUACAGAACUGCCGGUUGAGUUGUCACCAGGAUGCUGCAAACACUCAACCACUCUACCAAUUCGAUGUUGAGGAUCUCCUCUUCUUCGAGAAAACAAUCAAAAACACACUUUGCCUUAUCCAAUGCAAGGACGACAUAGAAUUCUAUAACAUAGACCGCGAGACGGUCAAAAUAUUCGAAAGCCGGAAACCUUACGAAUAUCUGCACAUCUGCUAUUACCAGAAUAAGUCACCGCAAUUGGCCGCCUCCGCCGCCUUCACCUACCUCGUCUCAAAUCCCAACGAUGCAGCGAUGGUCUCAAAUUUCAAGUUCUACUCUGACCAACCGGAUAUUAAAAUUAUUGAAGUCAUCAAUUUUGAAGCAAAGGAUUACAUGUAUCUAUACGUCCAUGGUACAAGAGCUUACGAUGAGAAGAGGUGGGAUGAAGUGAUUGGGAAUAUGGAGGAAUCGCUCUUAUCAUAUUUACAGUCCGAGGAUGAGUGUAGGGCGAACUGCGAAGGCCCUUUCGAUCCAGGCUGGUACCCAGAUAUGAUCCCUUCAAUAGCUAACCACUUCGCACAUUCGUUAAGGUGCAAGAGGAAGUGCAAGGAAGCGACAAGCACUUUGAACGGCGAGAAACACGAAGAUCUAUAUCCGAGCCAUUACAACUUCCUGCAGUUUGCCUACUUCAAACGUGGUAAUUUGAGAGCUGCUUGCGAAGCCGCCUCUAGCUACCUUCUAUAUUUCCCGAUGGAUGAAAAUAUGUUGUAUAAUAUUGAAUAUUACAGGAAAUUGCCGAAAGCGAAGAAGGAAUUUUUUAUACCAAGACGUGAAGCUAUGACAUACUAUCACCGUGAUAAUUAUGAGAAAACUUUACUGGAGUUUGUGUUUGAGAAGUUCAAUGUAAAAACAGCCACCAUGAAAAAGUACCCAGCGUUGUCCGAACCAAAACCCCGAGCGAGGAUAACUCAGGAAAAAUUCAUAUCCAAGAAGAAUUGCGAUUCUCUGCUUAAAAUUGCUAUGGAAUUUGCUGUGCCUGGUGAUGGAUACCGAGGUAACCAAAAUCCUCAUUCGUCGCACGAAAAAUACGGAGGAUUAACUUUAAGGACAGCUAUUAAGAUGAUGAAAGAGGGAAGUAUGAAUAAGAGCGACGUAGAUUUGAUUGUAGCGAUUGGUGAUGAGGUGAAGCAGAAUAUGGUGGAGAAGUUCAAGGUUUCGCAUAAGCUGCAUUUCACCUAUACACAUCUCGUCUGCCGCAAAGCUAUACCAGGAGGACAAUUUAAUAGGUCUGAUUUAAGCCAUGAGAUACAUGCGGAUAAUUGUAAUAUCCAAGAAGAUGGUAGUUGUCCUAAAAAUUGGCCAGCGUUUACUUGGCGAGAUUACACGGCAAUAUUAUAUUUAAAUAGUGGUUUUUCUGGAGGCGAGCUAUUUUUCUCUUCGGAUCCGCGUGGAGAUAGUAUUCAGGAUGUGAUUGUACCAAAGUGCGGGAGCCUCGUUUCUUUUACUUCUGGUCAAGAGAACUUGCACGGUGUGAAGGCGGUGCGGAAUGGUACACGAUGCGCUCUAGCUAUAUGGUUUACCUUUGAUAAGGAUUACGGCGAGGUGGAAAGGAAACAACUUUUAUGAUUCUUGUUGUAGUUGAAUAAAUAAGUUAUGCUGGUAUUUCUUUGAAAUUAUUGU